AUGACCGGCCCCCGGGGCACCCAGCCCGCCGCGGCGCACACUGCCAGCGCGACCCUGGCGCCGCCUCCUGCCGCCCCGCCCGCAAGCCGUCUCCACCCGCGAGCGCGGCAGUGGCGAUCGCGGCGCGACCAUGGGGAGUGGGAUGAGCCAGAUCCUGCCUGGCCUGUACAUUGGCAACUUCAAAGAUGCAAGAAAUGCGGAGCAGUUGAGCAAGAACAAAGUGACACACAUUUUGUCUGUGCAUGACAGUGCCAGGCCCAUGCUGGAGGGAGUUAAAUACCUGUGCAUUCCAGCGACAGACUCCCCAUCUCAAAACCUGACAAGACAUUUCAAAGAAAGUAUUAAAUUCAUUCAUGAGUGCCGUCUCCAGGGCGAGGGCUGUCUUGUGCACUGCCUGGCUGGAGUCUCAAGGAGUGUGACACUGGUCAUCGCGUACAUCAUGACUGUCACUGACUUUGGCUGGGAAGAUGCCCUUCACACCGUGCGUGCAAUGAGGUCCUGUGCCAAUCCCAACCUGGGCUUCCAAAGGCAGCUCCAGGAGUUUGAGAAGCAUGAAGUGCUCCAGUAUCGGCAGUGGCUGAAGGAAGAAUAUGGAGAGAACCCUUUGCGGGAUGCAGAAGAAGCCAAAAAUAUUCUGGGUAAAUAUAAAGAGCAAGGGCGCAUGGAGCCCCAGCCUGGCACCAGGCGCUGGAGCAACUUUUCGGCCCUGCCUCCUCUGGCCUACAAUAACUACACGACAGAGACCUAACAGAGAGAUCUGGUGUUUUCCUUCCUGCUGCGGGUCUUCUGGGUUGCCUACAGGCUCCAUGUGCUGGUGUGCUGGUGUGCCGGCUGCUGUCUCUGAGAACUGCAAAAGGAGGUCACCGCGAGAUGGAGCACUCAGGGCUCCUUCCCCAGCAACCCUACCCUGCCCUUCUCCAGGCCUUUUCACUCUGUCAGUCUUCACCCCAACCUUGUCUCACCAGAGCUUGCUGUGCCUGGGAUGCUGCUGGGCUGCUCUGUAUUACUGUGUGCAUGCAAGAGUAUGUGUGUGCAUGCAUGGAUGUGAGUGAGUGAGAAUGUACAUAUGUGUCUAGAGUGUACAUGUAACUGUGUCUGCCUGUGUGAACUGAGUGUUCCUGGGGCUGAAAGCUCUAACAUCCAUGCUUCCAGAAUUGGUAUGGCCACAUUUUUGUUUGACUCCCAUGGAAGGUAUUCUAACUUGACCUCUGAAAAGCUCCUCACCAAGUCACAACCUGUACCUGUGAGCAGACAGUGAGAACUCUGGGCCAUGAGCAGCUCGAAGCAGUGGCCUAGCCCAGAUCCUGAGGUGGCACAGAGAGGAAGGGGACAGUGACCCUGAUGGUUUCUGUGUAUUGGGGGCAGGGGGAAGAGACUUGACUUGAUGUAAGUGUGCCUGGAUUCUCUGCUGCCUCUAGUCCAGGUGCCCUUGCCAGCCCAUCAUGUCCCUGAGUUCCACUUGGUGCCUACUCUGUAUGGAACCAGCUACAUUUGCGUUCCAUGGUGAGCCCGAGAACUUCAGACAAAGUCGUCCUGCACCGGAGGCCUGCUCUUCCUCUUGUCGACUCCACACACCCCAAACCUCUUGCUGGCUUCCCUUUGCAGGGGCCCAAUCUCAGGUUUGCACGUACCUGCAGGAAUUGGAAAGAAAGCGCAUUUAUUGAGCACUGUAGCAGUUCACAUUUUAAAAUGCCUGAGCAUUUACUAAGCUCGUUGGUGUAUGCUGUGGGCUUGAUCUUUUCACCUUAGCUACCUCCUUAGAUUUUUUUUUAAGGUUGGAGUAUCUCUGAAUUCCAAUCAAUUCUGCUCCAUAGCUGACAGUGUUAGUCCCAAUUUCUUUUGUUUUCUGAAACCAAAGGGAAAGGCAAUACUACCGUUAUUUAAAGUUUCCAGUUCAGACUUACCUAAUGCCUUCUAGUGAUUAAAAUCCCUCGGUCCAGCCUAAGAGCACCUCAGCUCGCAGUUUAGGGCAGCAGGCAUCCUGAGAUGCUGUGCACAGUUCAGUGUCCAGUCCUUAUACCAGUUCACAUUUCUUAAGCACACAGAGCCAUACAAAUGAACAAAUGCAGUCCACCUCUCCCUAAAAAGAUGUUGCAACCCAGUUUCUCUGAAUUCCAUCACAAAAAGAGGCCCUGAGAAGAGCAGUUUUCCUGUGCGUGUAGAAGGUGUCAGAGGUGAGCUUUUUGGGGCCCAGGGAAAAGGAGGUUGCCAGCUCUCCAUAUGUACUGGCCUGUAUGUACAGUGAGAAAAGCAAGGUGGCCCGUGGACUCGUUAAACUUCAUCUGAAAUGAUUUGCCUUAAACCAAGAGGGAAUGUAAAUAUUUAGGAGGAUUGGUAGAGCAUGUGCUUAGCAUAUAUAAUACGGGUUUGCAAAGCCUCAGUACUGCAAAGAGAAAAGGGGAAAUGUGCACAAAUGUGUGCACAUUUGUGAACGACUACAUAUAUUCCCAUAGGCUUUGAAAUGUCUUAAUUUUUGUUGCCAGUAAUGUUCUUUCUCCACAGCCGCCCCGGGAAUUCUGAAGUACUGGGCCUUUCUCAGAAGACUGCAAUGUACCUGAAGUUUCUGAAAUAUUGCAAAGUUCAGGCUGGUGCUGCCAAAAAGAAAAGUGACCUAGAGUUUAUUUUUAAGUAUCCAGUAGUGAUUUGUUUUUCCAUUUAAACCAAAUGCAUGUAUAAUGUUGGAAUAUGUCGAGAACUGUAGAGAUUCUUUAGCAAGAGAAAAGGUUUUGCCUUAACGCCACUGCUAUGGCUGUUUUCGGUCUUGUUUUGCUUUGUUUUCACCCUGACUGAUGCUCACAGAAUAAUCUCAAGAGUUCUGCUGCAUUGUUUAGUUUCUGUUAAUAGCGAUUAUUCCUUGUGAACUGCUACCCAGGGAGGAAACCAGCACCUGGGAAAUGUGCAGUGUGAACACCACCCUCCUGUUCUUAAAUGCUCCAGUUCGAGACAUAUCUUAGUGUAUGUUUUAUCCAGGUUACUGUUAUCCAUGGUAGAAUUUACCAAAAGCUACACAUUUUGUUAAUAAAGGGCAACUUAACCAAGUCUAA